AUGACGAAAUUAACAAAAUGCACUCGUUUUCAUGAUAGCGAUGAGACUACUCCAGAAACCGCAUCUACCGUUGAUCUUCGUGGUGCAGCAUCACGGCUAAUUGAAGCAUGUUCACAGUUGGCAGUAAGCUUGCAAGCGCCCCAGCAAGCUGCAGCUGUCGAUGUAUUUGUUCGAUCUUAUACCGAUUUCCAUACCGCAGUUACACAGGCUAUCAAACAGCAGCAGACUCCAGAAACCGCAUCUACCGUUGACCUUCGUGGUGCAGCAUCACGGCUAAUUGAGGCAUGUUCACAGUUGGCAGUAAGCUUGCAAGCGCCCCAGCAAGCUGCAGCUGUCGAUGUAUUUGUUCGAUCUUAUACCGAUUUCCAUACCGCAGUUACACAGGCUAUCAAGCAGCAGCAGGAUGCUGUGCAACGACAACAGUGCUUGACAUACUUGGAAACAACUCGCGAGGAAGCAAUGAAUGUUGUGGUACGUACGCAUGCUGCUUCGAUGGAUGCAGCAAAUGCAUCAGCCCUACAGUUGCUCUCGCAAUCCACUCGCUCGCUCACCGAAUCCGUGAAUGCAAUCGUUGAAAAUGUUAGCCGUGAAGCGCCCUGGCAACGUGAGUGUGACGCAGCCUUGCGGCAAAUUCAGGUACAUUUAUGA